AUGCCUUCCACACACAAUAAGGAGAAGUCUUGGGACACAGAUGAUAUCGAUAAGUGGAAGAUCGAAGAAUUCAAACCCGAACACAAUGCUGGGGGCAGUUUCGCCGAGGAGUCCUCGUUCAUGACCCUCUUCCCCAAGUACCGUGAACAGUAUCUGAAGGAGGCAUGGCCUGGAGUGACACGCGCGCUGGAAAAGCAGGGUAUCGCCUGCACAUUGGAUUUGGUCGAGGGUAGCAUGACCGUCAAGACGACACGAAAGACCUACGACCCAGCAUCAAUCAUCAAAGCGCGCGACCUGAUCAAGCUCCUUUCCCGAAGUGUACCCGUCACUCAAGCGAUGAAGAUCCUCGAAGACGGCGUCGCAUGCGACAUAAUCAAGAUCCGCAACCAGGUCCGAAACAAAGAGCGAUUCGUGAAGCGACGACAGCGUAUCCUCGGCCCGAACGGUACAACCCUCAAAGCGCUCGAACUUCUCACCAGCACAUACAUCAUGGUGCAGGGUAACACCGUUGCGGUGAUGGGACCGUUCAAGGGACUGAAGGAGGUGCGACGAAUCAUCGACGACUGCAUGGCGAACAUCCACCCGAUCUACCACAUCAAGGAGUUGAUGAUCAAGCGUGAGCUUGCCAAGGACCCGACGCUGGCAGAAGAGUCCUGGGACCGAUUUUUGCCCAACUUCAAGAAGCGCACGCUUUCCAAGCGUCGCGUGCCGUUCAAGGUCACCGACAAGGAGAAGAAGGUGUAUACGCCAUUCCCGCCAGCACCGGAGAAGAGCAAGGUCGACUUGCAGAUCGAGUCUGGAGAGUACUUCUUGUCGAAGGAGGCCAAGGAUCGUGUUCACAAGGAGGAGGUUGUCGAGCGGCAGCGACAGAAGCGCGAGGAGAAGAUGCGCGAGCGCGAGAAGGACUUUGUUGCACCCGAAGAGGACGUGCCGGCCGAUCUGGAAGACAAGAAGAAGAAAAAGGAAAAGAAAGAGAAGAAGGAGAAAAGCAAGCGGAAACGCGAGGCCGAGGCCGAUGUCGAUGCCGACGACGCUGCCGAGCGGAAGGAAAAGAAGAAAAAGAGGAAGAGCAAGUCCAAGGAUGUCUCCUCCGACGGAGAAUGA